CGCGGGCAGACUUACGUUGGGACGCCCCCGCGGGCCGGGGCGGGCCAGUGACCCCUCACGUGUCUCGGCUCGCGCCCGUGUCACGACAGACGUCGGUGUCGUCCCUCUGCGUCGCGGUGGCGCCGCGUUUUGGGGGCAGGAGGUGACGCUCCCCGCCGUGACACCCCCGGGACGCCCCUGUCACACCGGGAGGGGACGCCCCGGCAUCUGUCACGCCGGGAGUGCGGCGGUGACGCCCCCGGGAUGCUCCAGUCACGCCGGGACCUUUGCACCAGCCUAAAUUCCUUGGAAUUCCUUGGAAAUUGCAUUCUGGCUCAGCGCUGCCAAACUGGUCUCCGUGGUAACAGAACCCACAAGCUGUGGGAAAAGGUGGCUUCCAAAAUGAGCUGCACCAUCGAGAAGGCGCUGGCGGACGCGAAGGCGCUGGUGGAGCGGCUGAGGGAGCACGACAGCGCGGCCGAGGCGCUCAUCGAACAGACCACAGCGCUCAACAAGCGGGUGGAAGCCAUGAAACAGUACCAGGAAGAAAUCCAGGAGCUCAAUGAAGUAGCAAGACAUCGCCCUCGGUCUACUCUAGUGAUGGGUAUCCAGCAGGAAAACAGACAGAUUAGGGAAUUGCAACAGGAAAACAAAGAACUGCGCACAUCUCUCGAAGAGCACCAGUCAGCUCUGGAACUCAUCAUGAGCAAGUACAGAGAACAGAUGUUUAGGUUGCUUAUGGCGAGCAAAAAGGAUGAUCCAAGUAUAAUAACGAAGUUAAAAGAGCAACAUUCCAAGGAGCUGCAAGUGCAUGUGGACCAAAUUACAGAGAUGGCAGCGGUGAUGAGAAAAGCCAUUGAGGUGGAUGAAAGGCAUGGCUGCAAAGAGCAGGAGCGCAUCACCCAGCUCGAGCAAGAAAACAAAGGCUUGAGAGAAAUUCUUCAAAUCACUAGAGAAUCGUUUCUGAACCUCAAGAAAGACGAUGCAUCAGAGAGCACGUCCCUGUCAGGAUUAGUGACAAGCAGUGAUCUGAGCCUGAGGAAAAGCUAAGGACUCUGGAAAUCAGCAAGCUUCAGUUGCACACUUAAACCAAUGGAGCAUCAGGGGGCACUGGUCAAGCACUUGUUACUGAAUAGGGCACCAGCAAGAGAAUGCAUCCAACUCCGGCUCAGUGGCUUUUAUACUGUGUAACAUAAAUUCAGCUGGUGUUCUGGAAUACCCUCAGUGACAGAUUGAUUGCCAUAGAUCUAACCUCAGUAGGAAAUGGAUUAAUGCACUUGCUGAAUUGCAAAUUCAUUUUAUAUGAACUUGUUUUACAGAUAAAAGGUGAGAUUUCAAGUAAUUUAUAUAAAUUAUUGCUCAUACAAAGUUCAGUGCAACUCUUAGAUAAUAAAGGUAAGAUUUCAAGUCUGAUCUCUGCCUUAGAAAGUAGUAACUUAUGAAUAUGCUCUGUGCAUGAUCCACAUAGCAUUUUUUCCUUUUGUUUUGGUUUUAAUAACUUCUCAUUUUGCAACAAACCUCUUUGAUGGGAGGGGUACACAGGCAGCAUAAAAUUUAAGGAUUCUGUCAUUUAGCCUUGAGGUAUCUCCUUAAAAUACAAGGCCAGUUUUUAAAUGUAAAGAAUGCUGUCAGUCAGUAGUUUGGAGUUUUUAAAUGAAACAAAUUUUUAAAUUAAACAAAUAUAUUCUUUCAAAUAUGUUCACUGAAUUGUAUUGUGAGAACAUGGAAAGAGCUGUUCCCACUUUGUUGUUCUCAGGAACACAGGUAGCAAUACAAUCCUGCCUCAGCUUUUACCUUUCGGAGGGGAAAUCCAGCUCACUUCUCUGUCAGUAAGAAGUCAAGUCCCAUGUCUCUCUUCUCCAGCUGCCUGCCCAAACUUCCUGAGUGAGGAAUGGCAACUGGAAAGCACAAAAGCAGGGGCAGCAAAAAGGGGGGAUGGAGGAAGGAGGAAGCAGCUUCAUGGCAGAGUUGGCAGCCUGCAAUUAAUAGUCUUAAUUUUCCUUUCUCCAGUACUAACUAGUCAUCAAGAAGGUUUUAAAGUGAGUUAAGCAGAGUGAAAGCUGUCAGCUACAGAAAACUGUGGAGUUACAGCUGCCACCCACAGUUUCACAUUCUGGCUGUUCAAUAACCCACCAAGCAACAGGAGCUGGGCUAUCCUGAAAUCAACCACCACUUAGGUUUGAUUUUCAAUCACAGCAACACAGAAGGAACUAAGCACCCAACACUUCCAAGCGUGCCAGCUUCAAUGCAGCUUCCUGUGCCCCAGCACAGCUUCCCUGAGCUCAAGUUAAAUGCUCCACAGGCCUAAGGAGGAGCUUUCAGUGGCACUGAACUGACUUAGGAGCAGCUCAGUACCUUUGUUCUGUGUCUCUGUUGCUGCUCCUUCCCAUGGUGCUUUUAAGAAGGAAAUAAGUGAGAAAGGAACAUUAGCAGGCAGUAAAUGCUGGUUUUCAGUGAACUUAUACAUGUGCUGACAGGACAGGUAAAUCAGGCCUCCACAUUCUCACAGCCUGCUUUAGAAAUGGAAAAGCUGCUACUUCUCUGCAGAGCACCUUGGCUUCUUGCUAGACUUAGGAACACACUGAGGACAUUCACAUGCAUGGAAAAAAGUUAUGGCCAUUUCCAGACUUGUGAAGCAGCCGUGGGGAAAUUCUGGGGGAACAUUUUAGCUCAAGCACAAAAUAUUCUUAUCUGCUUUUAUAUUACCUGUAAAGCUUCGCUGGUGCUUCUCUAAUCUAGAUUUUGCAUUUCUGCCAUGGCUUGCAAGCUGCUGACUUACCAGAAGCAACAUCUUUUUUCUCUGGAGUGUUCUGUUGUUGCAAACUUACAAGGAAUUUUGGGCUCAGUUGUUCAAGUUCUUGUUUCUAGAAGUGUAUUUUCAGCCAUGCAGUGGUGUCAAGAGGCAUUUCUAUCCAUUUAAUGCUGAAUUCAGCUUCAUGGCUGACUUCUGGUUUGGCUUCCAAAUACAGAAGAGGGUUGUUGGUCUGUGGCAGUACUUUGAGGUUGCUCUAUUACAAAAUAAGGCUUGAUUAGUGUUUAUUUUUGUAAAUUAAAAAAAAAAAAAGUGACUUAAAUUAUCUACUCCUAGUCUUCACAUUUGAUACGUCUCCCCUUUCAUUCCCCUACCCUGAUCACUUUAGGAUUUUAAAGAGCCUUCACAGUGUGUGGAGUGACUAUUUUUCAUUGCAUACCUGUUAUUUUUGUAAUGCAGAUGGCUUGAAAAGGAUUUAUGGCUAGAAUUGUGUACUGUACAGUAAACUUAUUUUAUCAAUAAAGUUGACUGAAAACA